AGGAGAAUUAACCCCACCCGCAUAUAUAGCAGCUCCCUUCCGCCAAGGGAAUGUUCGAUGCGGGUAGACAUUAAUUCCUCUUCUUCCUUGGGCGUCUUCUUCUUCCCCUCUUCUUUCCUUUUCUACUGUCACAAGAAAAGCCACGGCAGCGACCGACCACCGCCCCAUCAUCAUCCGCCGCCGGCGAGCAACCUCGGCCUCUGACAUGAACACUGCCGGUGACUCUCUGGCCAUCAAGAUGGGGUCAGAUUUGAGAGAGAUCAAGAUUAUCUUCCAGACCGGAUUUGAGCCAAAAAGGGUCUGACGCGAAUGCUGGCGAGUGAGUUGCGCAGCGGAAAGGAUUCCUCGAAGGCGACAGCACUGGAUUCCUUGCUAUUCUUUGAUUGCCAUGAGAUCUACUAUUCUCUUUUGUUCAAGAUACGGGAAGUUCUUCUCCGGUUCCCGGACACGGAUUUGGCCUUCGAUGGGUCUCUGCAACAAUGGUAGCAGAGCAGAUGAGGAGAAUUCCAAGGAUACUGAUGAAAGAUUGGAUCUUGGGCACCUUCACAAUGGCAGCCAGACCCAAAACUUGAAAGAUAAUGGCGAAAGAUUGGAUCUUGGGCACCUUCACGAUGGCAGCAAGAUCCAAGACGCGAAGGAUAGUGGUGAAAAAUUGGAUCUUGGUCACCUUCCAGAUGAGAGCAAUCGUGAAUCUGGCCCUAAUAAGGCAGACAACCAUGACCAUUCUGGCCACCCAAAGGAUAAUGAUGAAAGAUUUGAUUGCGAACACCUUUCCCAAGAGACCUUUCUUAAAUUUUCUCCAGAGGGAGCGGAUGGUGAUGACCAUGAUGAUCUCAACAUACGUCGGAGGUUCCUCGAGGGUGUUAAAUCCAAUGCUGAUCAGGUUUUCCAAAUACUCCAACAGGAUGGGCCGGGCUUUGAUGCCCGACCGGUGCUCGAAGAGCUGCAGCUGAAGGUGUCUAAUGCUCUUGUCAGGGAAGUCCUGCUCCGCAUUCUGAUGUCCAUCAAUGGUGCGAACAAGUCACGGUAUGCGAAGCUGGCCUAUAAGUUCUUUGUUUGGUCAGGCCAGCAGAAGGACUAUAAGCACACUACCAACACCUAUAAUCUUACCAUGAAGAUUUUUGCCAAAUCGGAGGAGUUGAAAGCAAUGUGGAGAUUGGUCGAUGAGAUGACGGAAAAUGGGCUCCCAGUCACUGCCCGCACAUUUAACAUAUUGAUUUGCACUUGUGGAGAGGCAGGUAUGGCAAGAAAGGUGGUAGAAAGAUUUAUAAAAUCAAAGACUUUCAAUUAUCGUCCCUUCAAGCACUCCUUCAAUGCGAUCCUCCAUUCGCUUCUCACUGUGAAUCAGUAUCAGUUGAUUGAGUGGGUUUACCAACAGAUGUUGCUCGAACGAUAUUCUCCAGAUGUUUUGACAUAUAAUGUUAUAAUGCGUGCCAAAUACAUGUUGGGUAAGCUAGAUCAGUUCCAUAGGUUGCUUGAUGAGAUGGGGAAAAAUGGGCUUGCUCCUGAUUUACAUACUUAUAAUUUACUACUUCAUGUGCUUGGAAAAGGAGACAAACCACUUGCUGCACUUAAUCUUUUGAACUAUAUGAAUGAUGUUGGUUGCUCUCCAAGUGUUCUCCAUUUUACCACUUUGAUCGAUGGGCUUAGUCGUUCUGGGAAUCUUGAUGCUUGCAAAUAUUUUUUUGAUGAGAUGGUCAAGAAAGGAUGUGAACCAGAUGUUAUAUGUUAUACAGUAAUGAUAACAGGGUAUGUAGUGGCAGGUGAGUUUGAGAAGGCUCAGCAAUUGUUUGUUGAUAUGUUAAUAAAAGGGCAGCUACCAAAUGUGUUUACAUACAAUUCUAUGAUCCGUGGGCUUUGUAUUACUGGCAAAUUUGACGAGGCAUGCUCCAUGCUGAAGGAUAUGGACAAUAAGGGCUGCACUCCAAAUUUCUCGGUGUAUAGUACGUUAGUUAGUAGGCUGCGGAAUGCAGGGAAGGUUUCUGAAGCAAAUAAUAUAAUUAGCUAUAUGGUGGAGAAGGGUCACUAUCUUCAUUUAUUGUCAAGGUUCAAAGGAUAUAGGAGAUGCUAAUAGGUAAAGACGAUUUAUGGAUGGCCUCUGACAAGUCGUGGUCACCAUCAGAGCGCAUAGCAUUCUGCUGUUCCAAAAUGUUGAAGCUAUAGGAGAUGCAAAUAGGGAAAGACAAUUUAAGGAUGGCCUCUCUCAAGUUGGGGUCACCAUCAGAGCCUGGAGCCUUGUGCUGUUUUCAAAAUGUCGAAGCAGAAAGAGGCAAUGGCAAUAUUAUUUGAUCCUAAUUGCACAAGUGAGUUGGCUCUGGGAGAGGCCUGUACUUUAUAAAUCUGUGACCUCUGCCAAUCAAGGAAUACAUGAAGCUACAAAAACUAUAGGACUCUAUCUGGUGUGAAGAUGAAGAAAGAAUACAAGGAAAUUAUUGAGGCAAAUAAAUAAGCAGAGUUGUUUAACUUGCGCAAAAUAAUUUUUUAUAUUUGUUUACUUUUUAUUUUGAUAUUUCAUUAUACCACCUGAAAUGGUAAAUUUUUUCAUGAGUUUUUUCUUUCCAGAUCCCAAAUCUGUACAUUUAAUUAUCUAUAAAGAGGUGUUAGAUAUAUCAGCUUGAAAAUUCCCUCAUUCCCUUGGGCAA